GAAAUUCCACCGAAUGAGAAAAUUGGCUUUUACUUAACCUGUGCUCGUUAUGAAAGAAUAUUUCAUACAUCUAUAUCGGGGCCGGAAGCGGAGGAGAUUUUGAGGCAUGAUGGUAAAAUUGGUUCAUAUUUGGUUAGAGAAAGCCUCUCAUCUCCUGGCACAUUUGUAAUAUCAGUACGUUCUACAGACGACAAAAUCUCUCAUAUCAAGUUAUUUUUUGAUGUAAGAGUUGUUCUUUACAGAAAUGCUGUAUCGGGAUUCUCUGAUGAAUUUGAGAAGCUUCAAAGUCACCCAUCGCAGUUUGAAUCGGUUCGGUGUUUUGCUGGUAAAAGUGAAGAAAAUAUAAACAAAAAUCGUUAUAAAAACAUUGUUGCAAACGAUCGAACACGGGUUUAUUUAGAAGGUGAUCCGCCGCCUGGUCACACAGAUUACAUUAAUGCUAAUUACAUUAAGAAGACGCUGCAAACGUUUUUUCGUUAUCAUUGUCUCUUAAAGGUGUAUAUCUGCACACAGGGAUGUCUCCCAAAUACUGUGGAUGAUUUUUGGGAAAUGGUUUGGCAGCAGAAUUCACGGAUAAUUGUAAUGAUAACUAAAGAGGUUGAAAAAAAUAAGGUUAGGUUGUACAUAAAUUUCACUUUACCGUUAUUUUGUUUAAGAGAAGAAUAUUUUUUUCAAACGUUUUUUGCCUUUAGAAUAAGUGUUGUCGUUAUUGGCCUGGAGGAGCAGAAAAGAGACUUUGUUUUUAGGACUUUUGAAAUGAAAGACACGGAAGCUGAAUGCAGUCGGACCAUAUAUCAGUUCCAGUAUAUGACGUGGCCUGAUCACGGGUGUCCAAACAACCCUCUAGAUUUAAUAAAUUUUCGAAAUGAGGUCAGGAACUGUGAGUUCGAAUGCAGACAAGGAGAGCCUUGGGGACCGUGGGUCGUGCAUUGCAGCGCAGGAAUUGGGCGUGGUGGAGUCUUUUUGGUCAUCGAUAUUAUGACUGAUCACAUCGAAGUUGAUCCGUCUCUGUGCUAUGUAAAUAUAUUCCGCACCGUUUUGAUGUUAAGGGACCAAAGAGCGGGGAUAAUUCAGUCGGAUCUUCAGUACCGUUUCAUUUACCAGGCUCUGGACACUUACCUAUCAAAAUUUCAUCACGGUUUUUCGGUAUUACCGUAUACAAGUUAA